AAUAUGAACCUGCUGUGCAAAUGUGCACCCGUGCACUGGGCACUACGGCAGUUUCAGCACUUUCAGCAUUUCAGCACUUGGCACUUGGCACUUGGCAGACUUGACAUAGCACUGGGCUUGGAGUUACCGGUUGCCCAUGUGUGUUUUCUAACCUUUAUUUAACUUCAAAUUUGAAGAGUUCGGCGCUCAUGUAUCUUUAAAACUAUGUCUGUGUAUCAUGAUGAAGUAGAAAUCGAGGAUUUCGAAUACGACGAAGACGAGGAAAUAUACUAUUAUCCAUGUCCUUGCGGAGAUCAGUUUCAAAUAUCAAAAGCGGAUUUGGCUGCUGGAGAGGAAGAGGCCACAUGUCCUUCUUGUUCAUUAGUUAUUAAAGUAAUUUAUGAUAAGGAAGCAUUUGCUACUAAAGGAGAAGAACUAGUUAAAAGUAAAGAGAAAGAACUUCAGGUUCAAAAAGCCUGAGAUUAAUUGGAACUACAUAUUAAGUUUAAGGUUUCUUUUUAGUCAAUUGUCAUCAUAGAAAAUCAUAGUAUAUGGUCGCUAUGGCUGGACGUGGUAGAGGAAGAGGUAAACCCUCCAU